AUGUCCACUGCUCUCUCCAAGUCAUCUCCCAACCUACAAUCCACCGCUGAUGACCCUUCGUUCGAGUGGCAUACGAUCUCACCGGUAGAAGACAAAUUCUUCUCCAGGGCCGAACGAGCCGCCAACGUCCGAGAUGCAGAACCGUCAGGAUCCAACGUCGCAUGGGCAUCCCCAGCAUUUGUUCAUCGCGUCAUACCUGACACUCACAGCACUGACGGUAAUAGAAAGUUCGUCAUAAGGGAUGAAGAUUGUAUUUCUACUAAUGGGCCAAGUAAUUGUCCAUCUUUCGAUGUUUGUCCAGGAGGUCCAUGGGAAGUUUCCUUCUCGGCUAAUAGCGAUAGGAUGACACUUACCUUCAAUCCUCACACGGGCCUGGGCUGGGAGCGACCCAUAUGGAAAUCUAUAUUUAAAGGGUGUCCGGAUCAAGAGAUCUCACAGGUUGUUAUUGAGAGAAAUGGCCUAGCGAAUGAUGGUCAUAGUGGAUCGAGAUCUGAACCGAAGAUUACGGAUGCCGAUGAGGCAGUUGUCAAUGGUGUGAUAUACUAUAUCUGGGAUUCACCUAAUGUCGGACAAGCUAGUGAGGAUGACGGAUCUCAUAUGACUGAUGAGGAUGAAGAUAGUUGUUCCGAUGUAUCUGAGAAUGAUCAAAGUGAACGAGAUACACAAUCGGGUAAUAUUCCAAGCCGAUUUGAUACCUUCAGACGAUGGGCUGCAAUUGGGACUCUCGUGAGUGGUCUCAUCUCGACAUUAACGUAG